GUCACAUUCAUCGUCUGCAGCACAAAGUACGCUGAUAACAAACUCAGGAGUGAUGUUUAUGCACUGAAAAAAGAUUUUUAUACACCGGUAAGUUCCGAGAUUAUGUUCCAGCAGAUGCACACACAUUAUUUUCUGUUGAGGAUGUGUUAUUAGUUAUUAAAUGUUAUUCGAUGCGAGUUAUUGCUGGGGAAAUCUCUCCUCUGUAUAGCGGUGAUUUACUGUAGCGAUAUCACGGUGAUCAGUUUAGGACCAAACAGGGACAAAAUAUCGAUGAAAAGUACUUGCACGAUUUGAAGGUUAAAUUUCAUCCAUUUCAUAUCAAGCACUAAAGUAGACAUUCGGUGUAACCUGGUAAACAAUCAACCCCUGGACCUUUUGCCCCCACCUCCUUUUUUGUCAGCUACUGAAGCUCGUCCCCUCAUGGCGGAGGUCUAUUAUGUCGGAGUGGACGUGGGCACAGCCAGCGUGAGAGCAGCUCUGGUGACCAGGACAGGCCUGCUGAAGAGCACUGCAGAGGAGCCCAUAAGCAUCUGGGAGCCCCAGGCUGACCACUAUGUCCAGUCCUCCACAGAGAUCUGGGACAAAUGCUGCACAGUUGUCAGGGUAGGCUCAUCUCAGACCAGUCCCAGGUAAAUUCAGGGACCCCAUCAUAAACCCCACGUUGAUCCAGAAAAAGAAAACUUUGACUUUUUCCACCUAGGAGUUGUAGAAGCUGUUUUUCAUCCAGUUUCCAUCCAGUUAUCCAUCAAAACCUUUGCAAACAGUGCAACUACUUGCCUAUUACUUUUAGAUGACAAAUCUACUGUAGCUAUUACAAUCCACAACUUUUUGCCACUGUUUUCAGCUCUCCAAACAUUUCCCAUUUUCAUCCUUCACUUUAAGCCCACUACUUAAACUGUUUAUCCACUGACACUGAUUACCUAAAAGUAAGCUAAGAGUUGGUUGUCUAUUUAAAGCUAAUGUGUAUCCACUAUCAUUUUUUAUUUUAUAAUAAAAAGAUUAGUGAACUACAUUGACUGUUUAUCUCAUACCUUAAGCCUAUGAAACAGCAGUCAGUGAUCAUACAGCUGACCAUAUCAUCUGUUAACCCAUUACUUUACAUUAAACUGUUAGUCUUUCACAUUUACCAAAACAUUCAAACUUUUUACACAGUACUGUAGAUGAGAAGGAUUUCAAAUGUUCGUUUUUGCUUCCAGCUAACAAUUAGACAACUUUGUCUAGUUCUUUUAACAAUACUUACCUGCAUGAUGGGAUUAUCCAUUACUCACAGUGCAAAUCAUCACUAACCCUGUUGCUUUUUUAAACUCUAACCUUAGAAAUACCACCUAUGCUAAACUUUUAAUCCAUUAUCUAUUGUUGAAGUUAACUAUUGAACCACUUUGUUUACUCCUUUCAGGUUCCGCUUAAAAUAGCUAACAGUGGUUUUGACUGUUAAACAAAGGUAUUAUGUUAGAGAGCCCUUCACUUUGUUUUUACGCUCUGUUGUAACAACUCUGAAGACACUAAACAUGUUUGAACCAUAGACUGUAUAUCGAUAUUUACAGUCUAUGGUUUGAACACAUUGUUGUUGUGUGAUUUUUCCAACUGUAUUUGAAAUGUACCUUCCAGAGAGUAACACACAAUGUGGAGAAGAGUCAGAUUCGAGGGAUCGGCUUUGAUGCCACUUGCUCUCUUGUGGUUUUGGACCAAAGCUUCCAGCCUGUUCCAGUCAAUCAGGAUGGUAGGUGACAAAUUUCUUUGCUCCUUAACUUUGUUUCUUACACAUUAUUUUCAAUUUUUCUAUUAUUUCUGCUUAGUCAUCUCAGAAAACUUUGAUUGACACUUUAGUACAUUGUGGACAUUUUUAAUAGCAGAACUGAAGGUUUUGAAAUUUCAGGUACAUUUUACUAGUAUGUGAAAUGUCAUAAAAAUGCCUUUUUAAAGAUUGCAUUGGCAUGUUUUGCUUGGGUGAUCUGUGUUAGUGCUCUGUAAAAGGAUACUUUAUUGAUCUCCUAAGGUAAAGCCCCCUCCUCCACUCUGAGGUCAGAGGUCAGGGUCAGCCACAGAGCAGAACUUUUGCAGAUGGAAGAGAUUCAUGUGUUUUCCAGUGAAUAAAUAUGAGCAUAUCAAUCAUCAAACAUUUGAUGUAUGUUUGUUGCCAAUAUUAUAAAACAUGAUCGAGUCCUUCUUUUAUUCGGUGUCCCCCUGUUUACCCCAGGUGACAUACAAAGGAAUGUGGUGAUGUGGAUGGACCAUCGUGCAGAAGAGCAAGCUGCACGGAUCACAAACAGCAGCCACAGGGUCUUGAGCAGGGUUGGAGGGGUCAUGUCACCAGAGAUGCAGCCCCCUAAACUGCUCUGGCUCAAAGAGGUGAGAGGUGAGCGGGGUCGCCACAGGAUCGCUGAUCUCUGUAUGUUUAAUUUCACUCUUUGUAUUAGUUGCACAGCAUGAGUCUGCUUUUGUUUGAAAUGUUAACCAGCAUUACACACCUUUUCUUCCAAUAGAUGUAAAGUUAGAAGCAUGUUCUCUAAAACCUUUGUUAAGUGUGUCAGCUCAGUGCUUGUAUGUGUUCCCAGUGCUACAUAAUAUCUAAUUUCUCUCAUUGUUCCCUCAGAAUCUAAGAGAAAGUUGCUGGAACAAAGCUGCUCAUUUUUUCGAUCUUCCUGAUUUUCUGUCAUGGAAGGCAACUGGAUCUUUAACACGGUAAAUCUUCUACCUGUUUUAUCUCUCACCAAGAUGUAACACUCAAAGAUUAGAUUAAAAUAUCUCUUUUUAUUUGUUUUUGCUAGUGUGGUCUCCACCACAGACAUAUCCUGAAAUGUGACAACACUAUUUUGCAAUGUUGAACAGGUCUUUAUGUACUCUUGUGUGUAAAUGGACAUAUUGUCCUCCAGAAGGAUGGGAUGCAAGUUUUUGGACCAGUAUUGGACUAGAGGAUUUGCCUGAAAACAACUUCUCAAGAAUAGGUAUGAAACGCUGUAAAAACAAGCAGCUGUUUAUUCUCUAGCAGCUUUAUAAAAAUUUUUAAAAUUGCAUUGAAAAAUACUGCAUGGUGUGAUUUGUGAAGCGCAUAAUCCACUCAAAGGAUUCAAAUGAAUUAGUGUUGAUAAAAAAGCAUCAAAAUCUCACCAAGAAGAGUGGAGCCUAAAUGCCUCUUUGGUUUGAUUUUGAUUUUUUUAUAGACUGAUCCUUCUACGGUCCUUAGUUGUUUUCUGUAUUUGGUAGACUACUUAACUACAAACUACACAGACUUCAUAUUAGAUUUUACCUUAUAUUUUAGCUCUUAUGUUUAAAAUAUUGUUCUCCAUUCAUUGUUGAGUUGAUGAAGUUAGAGUCUGUUGAAAUGCUCCAAACUAUUGACCACAUUGUUGAAAUGGAAUGAAAUUGUAUAAGUGCUGUUUCUUCAUAUCCAGGCAGUGUGACGUGUCCUCCAGGGAGCUCACUGGGAGAAGGUCUCACCCAGGAGGCAGCAACAGAUUUGGGUUUGAAACCAGGAACUGCCGUUGGUGCUUCCCUCAUUGAUGCUCAUGCAGGAGGCCUUGGUAUAGAACCUUAAAUAUGUUCAUUGAAGCAGUAUUAUUCUGCCGAAUGUGCGCAGUUUUUUAUGUGGUAUUUUACUCAUUAUGAUAUCAUGAAGCAUCUAUGUAGUGGAAGGUCAAGAUCUCAUCAGACAAUGGAUUUUAAUCUCAGCAGAAUAUGAUGAUUUUAAACAGGAAGUUCAGCGGCUUUAAGUGUCUUAAAUACAAGGUCAGAAUUUUUUUAAAGUUUUUUUUUUAAAUCUUUUAUUCAAUAUGAUAUUUUUUACAACUUGCCGCAUCUACUAGAGGUUUAUUGUCUUCUACUAAUGUGUUUGUCUUACUGAAAUCAGUACUUGCAUGCUGUAGGAAUAGAAGUAGUCACUGUAACGGGCUCCUCCUGCCCCUGCACAUGCUGCCCCUUUUCACCUUAACUAAAAAAGCAUAUUUUAAUUUUUGAGACACAGAUAACCUCCAGAUGUGAGGUGUGAAAGUCAAGUCCCUAAAUUAUCAGAGCCCAAAUGCCCCCCAAAAUCUCAGGAAAAUGUCAGGAGUCCAUGUGUGAAAGGGGCUGUUGUAUUUAGAAACCAUGUCACACACAGAUGUCUGUGGACAAACUGUAUCUUCUGGCUUCAGUCCAGCUGUAGACCAUCCAUCUGGUUCAGAAAUCCAAACCAUCUGGUUUUGUUCUGCGAGAUAAACUGCUGACGAACUCUGCCCUGUGACCCCUGGCUGCGACCUCUGCCGAUCACACAUUGUUGUAUCAGUCAGAGGUUAAAACACUGUGCGCUUUUAGUUGUUGUGUGUGUCACUGUGGUGUACUCCCCCUGUCCCUGAACCCUCCACCUUAAACUCAAACCAGCUUGACAAACAUUAUUCCAGCAGUUAGUGUCACUGCUGAAUUGCAUGUGAAGGUUAGAGAAGCACUUCAAAAGGAUUUCAAACUUUUGAUCUGCAGUUCAUAAAAGUACAUCCUUAACUGACUGGACUCCAUCAAGAGGUCUUCAGACUUUGUAUGAAGAAACACCAAAAGAAAUUCACAUGGUUAUUUUGUCCCUGUAAAAAGAAAUCUAAAUGAUUGUGAUCAUCUUAAGAUUACCAUCUGUGUUUCUUCUCUGUCCAGGGGUGAUUGGUGCAGAUGUGAAAGGCUUUCACUUACCUUGUGAGGACCAGCCAAUCACAUCCCGUAUGGCCAUGAUCUGUGGUACAUCGACCUGUCACAUGGCAGUGAGUGGUUUGUAGUCAUCUUUGGAGGUUUCCACCUGAACUCUGUUUGAAACUCUACAAAUGUGUCAUUUCGUAUACAUUAGUAGAAGUGAUGUUCAGUCUGUUCUGUCAUUCAUGUUCCAUUUGUAUAGCUUGUUGUUGACUGACAUCAGUUUUUCAACAGCUGAUACUAGUACACAUAACAAGAAAGCAGGUCCUAUCAUGAUCACAUUAAAAAAUUUGUAUGGCUCUUAAUCUGUCAUCCAACUCUUGUGGUUCCUCUUAAUACUUUUCAUGUGUUACCACUCUUCAAAUGUUCUCUUAUAUUUGUAAAACCAUUUGUUUUUCUUAUGAACAUUAUAAAUUUGAUACAGAUCAGUGAGAGGCCUCUGUUUGUGCCUGGAGUGUGGGGACCCUACCUGUCUGCCAUGGUGCCUGACAUGUGGCUCAAUGAGGGAGGACAGAGUGCAACAGGAAGGCUGGUCAGUCCAUGUUCUGACAAUGUUCAUGAGGUCACACACACACUUUAUGUAAUGAAAAAAUGAGAUGUUCAUAAUUCUUGCGUAAAUGCACUCUGAUGAAACAGCAAAUCUCACCCCUCAAACACCUUUGUGAAGGCAAAGGUAUUUAUGUACUUUUUAGAGAAUAUUGUGAGAUUGGUGGUCAAAAAUUUGAUUUCUAGGUACAUUAUAACGUAUGAACUGAUUUGAAUUUAAAUUAGCUGAGGCACACAAGACACACAGUGUUUAAUUGAAUUCUAAAUAAGGAAUUUUCAGUAUGAUCAGCAAAGCUCAGAAAAGCAUAAAAUUAGAAAAAAAAAUUCAAGAAUCAGUUCUAAUUUUGAUGAGGCUGUUGGAUAAUCGUUACUUUUUAAUCUUGAAUAUGCUUUUUUGUAGCUCUGAACUAGGCAGUAGUGUUUUCUCAGAUCUAAAGAAAAAAGAUAAAAGAACUGGACCAGUCUGCAACACUACAACAUUUUGCUUUAAUUCUGUAUUUUCAUGCAUAGUUUCAUGAUCAGAAUAUUUUAAUCACUCAGCAGAAAGAUGGUUGCCUUUUGGGUGUGAUUUAAAGCUUUUGUCUUUGUACGCAUUGCUGUAAAUUUCAUGACUUUUGUUUUUCUCAGCAGUAUGUUUAAUGACAAGUUCACUUACCUUUCACAAGAAAAGUUGGAGCUUCUCAAGUUUCCAAUGUCAUCAUUAAUGUCAUCAUUGUUUUUUUGUUAUCUCCUAUGUGCAAUCAUCUCCUCCACCAGAUCGAGCACAUUGUCAAGGGUCACGCCGCCUACACCCAUCUCCAGGAACAGGCGCGUCAGAGGUCAGCUGAUGAGUUUAAUGCUGAACUUCCUAUAAUUGUUCCAUAAUAGCUUCUAACUCUGAUGUUUGACUAUGUCCUGAAGGCUCUGAGAAGAUUAGAGGAUCAGUAUUGUUGUGUGCUCUUGAUAAAACAACUAUUCUGUGGAUGCUGCAAAUUAAAUCAUAAUUUUCUGAGCCUCAGUUAGAAAGAGAUUAUUAAGACCCUCCAACAACAAAAUGCCUGCUCUAAAAAAGUCCUUAAGCUUUUGUAAGACAUCUAGGAUGUCGUGUAUCAUAUUAAGUUCUCCAUUUGUUUACUACUGUUUUACCCAGAGUUCCCUUUGCUGGCAAGAACAUCUACAGUUACCUAAACAGCCACCUGAGUUUGAUGGUGAACUCCGGCUCUGCUGUUGACCUGCUGGGCUCCAGCCUUCAUGUUUGGCCGGACUUUCACGGAAACAGGUCACCUCUGGCUGACCAAACCUUAAAGGGCAUGGUGAGGAAACAUGGAUCAAAGCUUCAAGUAAUCUAGAGGAUGACAUAUUUUUAAUUGAGGCUGAUUUAAUUAACUUUUUUUUAGGCUUUUGGUGUAUUUUUUGUUUUGAUUGCCUCCUUUAUUGCCUCGUGUGUGAGGCUAGAGUUGGGAGAAGAAUUACCUUGCCCACUUAGACCAGCUAAAGUGAACCUUUUCAUAUUUCCCUCACAUACACAUUAAACCAAUGAGACACCAUUUUAAUGGUCUAUCAAAAUUACUAUUAGUAAGCUUAAGUAAAAAGUCUGAACAGACCCAGUCCAGCUGUUUUCACCUGCUGUCUCUCAUCACUUCUUGGCCCCAGUUCUGUGCACUAACAGAUGUUGUAUUCAAAAUGUUUGAAAUAAACCAAAGGAUUUAAAACUUUUGUUUAAAAAGUGAAUUUAUGAUAAAUCCAGACAGCAAUUCAGAAAGCUGCUUAUUUGAAAAAACACUGCUAUCACAUCCUGUGUCAAUUCUUAGCCCACAAAAAUAUCAAAGGUGGAGCAUUUUUCUUGUUUUAUGGAUCCUCCUUUUCCUUAUUGUAAUUUUUUUAAACAAAUUAUGUUUAGUUCUCAGAAAUUCUAUGUCCUUGUCAGUGCAGAUAUAACACUGAGCCCCUGCAUGGUUUCUGCAUUCAGUAAAGUGGUUAUUGUCUCCAGGACUUAUCUGUAGCACUAGAAAGCAGGAAGCCAGUGAGCAGAGAGUUGCUGGAUCUUGUUUUGACCAAUUCCCUGCUGAUGUUUGAGAUAUGACAGCCUCAGUAACGGCUGCUUUUAAAACCACAUUUUCAGUAAAUGAAUCCCUACUCUGGUUCUCAUUAUUGAAACUCUUUAGCAUGAAUGAUUCUUCACUGUUUUGCAGGUGAUUGGACUGUCACUCUCCCAAACCCUGGAUGACUUGGCCUUACUAUAUCUGGCGACUAUACAAGCCCUCGCUGUAAGUGCCCUGUUUGAUAAGAUCCCUGAUGAAACAAACAAGUAACUAGUAGCUAAAAGUAAUAACUUAUUUUAUUAAUUUUAUGUGUAAGCUAAUUCCUAAUGUGUUCUAUCUGGUUGCAGCUUGGUACUCUUCAUAUUUUAGAGGCUAUGAAAGAAGCAGGACAUGACAUCCAAACCCUUUUUCUGUGCGGCGGGUUGAGCAAAAAUCCCCUGUUUGUGCAGAUUCACGCCAACACUACAGGUAUAAUACUUUGGGUGGGAUACAGAAGCUGAUUUGAGCUAGAAAGAAAUUUCCCUUCAAAUUUCAUGGUACCAUUAGAACUUCCUUGGAACAUCUUUACCAAAAAAAUACAAUUUUGUAAGUCAGCAUUUCACAUGUAUCUUAUACCACUUCUUUAAUGUUCUUUUCUUCAGGUUUGCCAGUAGUACUGCCUGAUCAGAUGGAGGCUGUGUUGAUAGGAGCAGGAAUUCUGGGUGCAUGUGCGUCACAGGACUACAGCACUAUACAGGUGAAAUGUCACACACACACACACACACACACACACACACACACACACACACACACACACACAGACAUCAGGGAUGUGAACUUUCUAUAUUUAAUUUUUAUCUGUGCAUGUUAGAUAUUAUCUGUUUUUUUCAAUGUAACACUUUUAGAUUAGGGCAUUUUGUAAAAUGUUCAUAAAACACACAUUUGGAAGUUUUACAAAUCAUUUAGAUAUUUCAUUUAACUGAAAAAUGCUUAAGUGGAAAUGAUCUAAUGUUUAAACAGAUUUUUAAAAAUUGUUUAAUACUCAUUUUCAAUUUCAUCCAAGCAACAUGAAACUUAAUUCUGCAAUCUUCUGGCCCUCUAGCAGCACUGCGUUCAAAGACUCUGCAGUGGAAAUCACAGCACAGGCUGAAAAUCUACAGCUACAUCUCUAUACAUCUAUCUGUCUAUAGCUACACUAUGUGAAGAAGAAACCACAUAUAAACAUGAUCCAUGCAAGUGACUUCUCUGGGCCCAAGCCUGCUGAAGAUGAACUGAAGUGGAAAAAAUCCUGAGGACUUUUGAAUACAAAUUUGACAUUUGCUUUGGAAAUCAUGGAUGCUCAUGAAUGCUGGGUUUUCAACUCAGUUGAGAGGUGGGACCACCCUCUUGUUAUGAGCACUCAAUCCAAAAGCCAGCACCUGUGGCAGUAUGUGGAUGCAUAUGAAAGGUGAAAGUGAAAAGGAGGUCCUGAACUGCUGAGCAGCUGAAACCGAAUGUUUCAUUGGCUCGGCAAUAGUAAAUUAUAAUUUCCAAACACUAAAACCAGGUCACCAUUGAUUCCGAAACAUUGACCGUGCUGUAAAGAGAAAGGUGAUGCAAACACAGUCGUAAACAUGCCGCUGUCCCAUCAUUUUUUAAACUUACAAUUAGUGUCAAAAAUCUGAAAUGAUGACCGUGUAAUUUACAGAAAACAAUAUAAUUUUUCUGGUUCGUUAUUUGACAUACUGUCUUUGUACUAUUUUCAGUUAAAUGUAGUUUAGUUUUGCAUAAUUUAUUGGACUGUGACUGUGGCACACAUUGUCAUUUUCAUUUUUAUUAAAUGUAAUUCAGCUACUAAAAAGAAUAGUAUUUAUGAGGAAAACUUUACUGAACUUUACAAACUGAACUUUAUAUGGAAACAUUUUUUGUAUUAUUUUUAAUUUAGCAGUAUUUUAAAGCCGUUUUUUAAGCAGUCUUGUGUCUAGUACAAAUGACCUCAUUGUGGUGUGCAUGGAUUCUAUAACCGCUGACUCACUGCCUCCAUCUGCUGGGUGGAACAAUAAUAUAAGGUAUGCACAGACCAAGUGUGCUCGGCCUUGCAUGCCUCAGUCACUGAGCAGAUUUACCCACAAUAUGUUUAAGACGUGUUGUGAUGAUGAAUUUUUUUGAGAGGUCGAGCCAUCAUCCUUUGGUGUCUCAGUGUCAGAGCUCAUAAGACAAGAGAGGGACAAGCCUUUAAGCCAGAUGUUCUAAAAAUAAGAGGUUAUUGUUUGGAUUCGACCGCACCUGUCAAUCCAUUUUCAGCCACAAGUACGACAGGCAGUUGUUGUGUCUGAUCCUCUGAGCCGCAUACAGUCCACGGGCUGGAUUUGUAGAUUUAGACAGCAGAGAGGCCCUGCUCUGCAUUAGUCAUAAACCGAGCCACACCAAAACUGCUACAGUUGGCUUGUGCUAAUACAAUAACUGGGUCAGGGCUGGCAUCAAACGGAGUGUGCCUAGCAUAAUUUAUUGAGUGCUGUUUUUCUUUGAAAUUUCUGCUUUAGGAGGCGAUGGAAAAAAUGGCCAAAGUGGGGAAAGUUGUUCAGCCUGACCAUGAACUCCAGAGGUGAGACAAAGUCGUUUUUAAACAUAUAUAAGAGAGUCAUUCAAUUAUUCAAAAAUGACGCAAAAUGGCAGCGUUUUCUCUGUGAGGAAAAAGUUAUCUUUCUGUUUUUUUACUGUGUUCAUAUACUUGCAGAAAACUCAGUCACUGUCAAAUGGAAAAGCAUCUGAAAAUUGAAUUACAGCUCUGUACAUCCAGUUUGAGUGAUUGUUGUCCGCAUUUUAUUGUUUUUAAAGCUUCUAUAAGAAAAAGUACAAGGUGUUCCUGCAACUGUUUGCCCACCAGAGGGAGUAUCAGACCCUCAUGAACCAGAGAUGACACUGCUGGUGGGAGGACACCAAGCUGGAGCUGGCUACCUCUGACGUAAUGGUGAAGACAAAUCCAUACACUGGAGACAAGCAGCUGAAUCUCAACUUAACUGCUAUUAUCUACAUUUUCAUGUGAUAUUUUUAAAAACAUUUUCAUAACAACAUGGAGGAAAUAAGAGAAAAAUAGCAGCUCCCUGUGGCUGAAAAUCUGCACAGGGAUUUGGUUUGUUUUCAGUACGACAGCUGGCAGGUUUCACACCACCUGGCAGAUAUUACUGGAGGAGACCUGGAGGAAGGCUGUUAAAACGUUCCAGGGCGGUAGCUGCUCUUUUAACCCCUAAUGAAGAGGAGGAUGUCAGAGGUGACAUGAGAUCCUAAACAUCGGCAAUCAUCAAGUACCUUAACCUUCAAACCUUUCCCAAUAAAUGAUUAGAUUGAUGAAUCUA